AUGCUGCCACUAUCCCUGGGCCCACUUUCCUCCUCUUCAUCCACACUGGCCGGAUCCUCAGGAAAGACUCCCAUAAACGUCGUCUUCAUCAUCGACACUCAUCUUCCCCAUGUCGCCUCCUCCUCAACCUCGUCUUCUGCUCACGCUGCCAGACGUGCUGCAACUCUACUCAAAUGCUCCAUCGUCCGCAUCCUCCUCUACUUUCAGUGUAACAUGGACCCAAAGUUCCAGUGGACCUUCACCUUCUACAACUCGCGUGGAACUCAGGAGAUUGGCCUUGUCACCAAGAGGAUGCUCCGGAGCAUGGAUAUUCAGACCAUCGAUGACUGUGUGCAAGAAUACACAAAGAUUGUCGCGAGUGAAGCUGCAUCAUCACCAACCUCAGCCGCCGCGGCAAGCAAGGUUGGAGCGAUCGGCCACAGUUCGCCCUGUUACAGUCUGCGGCGUCAGCUCGUGCACUCCCUUGCCGACUUUGGACUCGACAUUGCCUCCUACCAGUCGCCUAUAAAACCCUCUGCGACUCUUGCGCGUGCCCAAUCGCUUCAGAAGCACUUUCCACCUGUCAACAUCAAGAAUUACAUCUACGUGAUAUCACCUUUACCACGAUCGUGGUCAGAGACCACAUUUUUUCUGGACGGCAAGAAGUCCAACGACACCAACUUGCUCGGACCUCGCAAGGCCGAUAUCCUGGAUGUCCUGAAGGGUAUCAAGGACACAUUUUUCGAGCAGCAGCUGUGGGAUCGCUUUCUGGAUCAGCGAACAAGUUUGAGCUGGAUCGACACCAACACCAAGAACGACAAUGCCAACUCUGCCAAGGCACAGACAAGGGUCUCGACAACACUGCUCGUUCGUUCGACUCUGGAAUUGAUCAUGAGGGCUUUCGGUGGCCACAUCAUUCCUCAAACCGUCCUCUCAGAAGUCGCGGGAUCAAGGGAUAUUUACUCGUUUGCCACCAUUUUUCAGACCUACCGGUCCUUGCAGAUCAGGCCUGGCUUGGGCGUGACCAUGAGCAUGGAGAGUUGGCAAGCAAUUCCAUCCAUGCCCAGCGUCCCUUCCCCGGAAGCACGUCCUGCCAAGGUGAUGUGGUCUGGCGAAAUCUUGUGUACCAAUACACUACAGUUCAUCUGUUCGGUUGACAUCUCUACACCUUUGGUGUUCUCAGAUCUGGACAACCCGUUUGCGGACCAAAUUGUGUCGAUGCAUGUUGUCAAGCGGAUCUCGACGAUAUCACUGAGCUCUUGCUUGCACUCAGUCAAGAUUUCUCACACUAUGUUGUGCUUCCCACGGAACAAUAAGGAUGUCAUGUGCGAGCGCACCAUGUACCUUCUUCGGUCACUGAGCUCCAAGAACGAUGCAUUGCUCAUCCAGAUUACGCUUCUCAGUGUGGAUGCAGGAGAAGAACAGACGGACAAGAUUUUGGACGGGCAACAAGGAACCCAGCAGGUACAGGCGCUGCUAUAUGCAGGGACCCACGGAAGCGGAACUUUGCACAUUCUGAAAGACUUUUCGUAUCUGGAGGAUGUCCCAUUGAGCAAGGAUAUCAACAGGACCUCGGCAAGACCGUUCAGUAUGGCCAUGGUGGAAAAGUCACUGGGAGCCAUUGGAGCGUUUGUGGAUCAACAAAACAGCCGACACCGAUCCAGAACGCCAUACCGCUUGGAAGAGAUGCCCAUCGAUGUCGCUGAGUGUUUUAAACCGCCCCAGGAAACCACGACUGCUGUCACCGAAUCAAAGUAA